AUGGAUAGGAUGAUGUUCGCUUUGAGCGUACACAUCAGCAUCAUCGCUAUGUCUACACGGACAGCCCGGCCGUCCAAGAAACACACAUACUCGUCGACCUCCUCCGACUCCGACAUCUCUACUUCUUCGUCCUCAACUCGCAUCAGCAUGGACGCUGUUCACCCUGUCGCAUACGUCGAGGUACUUCGCUGCAUGCGUUGUGCCAAAUCCACAGAGCUGACAUCAACCGACGAUGCUGCCACGAAUGGCAUGAUCCAAGUCGGCACCGGCAUAUACUACUGUGCAAGGUGUGCCAAGAUUGUCGGAUAUGCAUGA